GUUCAAGAAGCUGUACAUAAACUGGUGAGGGUUCAGAGAAGAGACAUGAGACUGAUUAAAGGAUUGGAAAAAUGCAAUCUAUUGGUAGACUCAAGGAGCUCAAUCUAUUAAGUUUAACAAAGGCAAGCCUGCCCAAAGAGGGGAGCACCCAUCUGUUCCUGUCUGCUAGGAACUGCAGAGAGACCCAGCAACUCAGUGAAUAUCGCGAAGAGACUGGGAGAAAGCAGCUGGAUAACAUAAUGAUGAGACAUUAUAGACAGGUGCAAAGACAGACAGUAACAGAAGAAUCCUGCCAGUGGACUGCCUAAUGCUUCAGAAGCUGGGAAAAAGUCCACAAAGACCAACACUCCAUCACACAAUGAACUGAAAAUGGAAAUGUCCAAUCGAACCACUGUGACCGAGUUCCUUCUCCUGGGAUUCUCUGAUGUUCGGGAGCUGCAGAUUUUGCACUUUAUGGUGUUUCUGCUGAUUUACCUGGCAGCCCUGCUGGGGAAUCUUCUCAUCAUCGCAGCCGUAGCCCUCGACCACCAUCUUCACACCCCCAUGUACUUCUUCCUGGCGAAUCUGUCCAUCCUAGACCUCGGCUCCAUCUCCGUUACCAUCCCCAAAUCCAUGAUCAAUUCCCUCAUGAACACCAGGUCGAUUUCUUAUCCUGGAUGUGUCGCCCAAGUCUUUCUCUUCGUAGUCUUCAUUGCAGCUGAUCUUGCCUUACUCACCAUCAUGGCAUAUGAUCGAUACGUCGCCAUCUGCCAACCACUGUACUAUGAGAGAGUGAUGAACAGGAGAGCUUGUGUCCAAAUGGCAGCCAGUGCCUGGAUUACUGGUAUUGUCUACUCUGCGCUGCACACCGGGAGCACCUUCAGUUUACCCUUCUGCCAGACAAAUGUCAUCCACCAGUUCUUCUGUGAAAUCCCCCAGCUACUCAAGAUCACCUGCUCUGACUCGUACCUCAGUGAAGUUGCGCUUCUUGACUUUAGUUAUUUUUUAGGUUUAAACUGCUUUGUUUUUAUAAUUGUGUCUUAUGUUCAGAUCUUCAAAACCGUGCUGAGAAUCCCCUCUGAGCAGGGCCAGCGUAAAACCUUCUCCACCUGCCUUCCUCACCUCACUGUGGUCUCUUUGUUUCUUUGCACGGGCUUCUUUGAGUACAUGAAACCCACCUCCAGCUCAGAAUCAGGUCUGGAUCUCAUGAUAGGUGUUCUCUAUUCCCUGGUGCCUCCAGUGAUGAAUCCAAUCAUCUACAGCAUGAGGAACAAGGAGAUCAAAGCUGCAUUAAAGAAACUGAUUGUCUGGAGGUUACUCACCAAGAAUUAAAAUGUCCAUCAUUGCUCCUUGAUUGAGAUUUCAUUCUGAGCUUCUUUAUGGAUAUAACCAACUGAUGACAAAAUUGUCUCCUUGAGAACACAGGCUGCAAUCUGUUUAUGAAUUCAUAAAAUCCAGACUAAUUCAUUUGAAGUUAAAUGAGUUAGUUUAGAAUUUCACCAGUGUAAAUAAGACCAGAAUCUAAAUAUCUAUCCCUAAAUGUACAUACACACCUAUCUCUCUUUGGGAUUUAUACUGCGAACAUUGCCAUGCUAUUGGAGCAUGUUGCACAGAAUAGCAACAGCCAUAGCUAAGUCACUAGUGAACAAGAAAUCUCUUUAUCUUCUUCUUUUUGAGGGUAAAAAUUGUGGGUGGAGUUUAAGAGGUUUGGCUUGUUUGUUUACUUGAUUGUU